AUGCCGGGGAAGGACGUCGACGCGCCCGCGGCGGAGCCGAUGGAAACGAGCAGCGCGGGCGCUGGGAGCGGCGCGCAGGAGGCGCGGAAGGGGAAGAAGAAGAAGAAGGCGCAACAGGGGGAAGGGGGGAGCGGAAGCCUUCCGCCGCACCUGGAGGAGCUGCGCUCGCGCGUGAUCUGCGACAUGGACGCGCCGAAACAGGUGCGCGGCGGAGGGGGGAUGGGAGGGGUCGAGGGCGGAAGAGUUGCGCGGAAGGUGCAGUGGUUGCGCGUAAGAGGAAGAGAAGCGUGCGUGAGGCAGAACGACCGUUGGGAAGGGCGUUGGCGAGAAACGGGAAAAGGGCUUGGCAAGAUCGAGGGGUCCUGGCACAGCGGCGAGCAGAUAUGGCGCAGAGGGGUGGCUGGAGAGCCACGAGGGCGCGGCACGUGCGGUGCAGGCGAGAUGGCACCGUGGAUGCUGGUGCUGAUGCUGAUGCUGGCCCCUCCUUUCCCCCCCUCCCAUUUCCGCCUCCGCUUUCAUGACCCUCCGUCCCGCUCCGCCUUUCCUCUUCCUCCUUUUGUCCUCCUCAUCAUUCCUUACCACCUUCUUCCCCCCUUCGCCCCUCCUCCCUCCCCACUGCUGCAGACUCACGCGCUGCAGUAUUCAGGCGCCUUUGCCGCGCUGGGCGUGGACAACAGCAUGACUCUGGAGCGCUUCAGACGGGAAUUGACGGUGGAGAUCGUGUCGCAGUCAGCGGACGGCCACGAUCUCGUCUUUGACCUCGUCGGCAUCGAUGCUGCGCUCGCCAACGCCUUCCGUCGGAUACUCAUCGCUGAGGUACCAACGAUGGCGAUAGAGAAGGUGUUCAUGGCGAACAACACCUCUCUAGUGCAGGACGAGGUGCUCUCGCAUCGCCUCGGCCUUGUGCCCAUCGCUGUCGACCCCCGCCUCUUCGACUUCCCCUCAGAGGACGGCAUGGCGAGUGAGAGCAACACCAUCGUCUUCAAGCUCGACUACAAGUGCACACGCAACCCGCCUGCUGACGGCUCCAGACACGGUACGGUGCAGUCAAAGCAUCUGGUAUGGCAGCCCAACGGUAGCACGUACCCGCCCGACCGCCCCACCAAGUUCACCUCCUUUGGUCGCCCGCAGAGCGAGCUGCAUGACUUCGCCACUCGCCCCCCCGCCCCCACCUACCCCGACAUCACCCUUGCCAGGCUGCGACCCGGGCAGGCCAUCGAAUUGGAGGCGCAUGCAGUGAAGGGCAUCGGCCGCACGCACGCCAAGUGGUCACCUGUUGCUACUGCCUCCUACCGCAUGCUGCCAGAGGUGGUGUUCCGCAAGGCAGUGGAGGGGGAGAUGGCAGAGCAGCUAGUGGCAAAGUGCCCCAUGAACGUGUUUGAUAUCGAGGACAUGGGCAAUGGCAUCCAGAGGGCAACAGCCCCACGUGCACGCAACUGCACGGUGUGUCGGGAGUGCAUCAGGGAGGAGGGGUGGGGCGACUACAUUCAGCUCAGAAGAAAACGGGACCACUUCAUUUUCUCAGUAAUGAGCAUGGGAGCGCUGCCGCCCAACGUGCUAUUCACAGACGCAUUCAACCUGCUGGAGGGAAUCCCAACCUUUCCUUUUCUCUCUUUUCUCCGUUUUCGUCCCCCCUCCCACUCCUCCCACCUUCCAUUCACCACACACCACAGUCUCAGUGGAGAGCACGGGAGCACUGCCCCCCAACGUGCUCUUCACAGAGGCAGUCAAGCUGCUGGAGAGCAAGGCCAGGCGCCUUGCCACUGA